AUGCGUGGCAAAUACAUUUCGCUCGACAAAUUUUUUUCUGCUGUCGAAAAGGGCUUAGGUUUCUGUGAUGUGACAUUCGGCUGGGAUAUGAUCGAUCAGCUCUACGAGCAACCGACUGUCACAGGUUGGCAUACCGGGUAUCCAGACCUCCUUGCCAAGAUUGACCCGAGUACAUAUCGCGUGAUGCCUUGGGAGCCAAAUACAGCACUGUUUUUGCUUGACUUUUACGCGAAUGAAGAUCAGCCACUUACCGUUUCCCCGCGCCAACUGCUUCAAACAGUUGUCCGUAAAGCGAACGAUAUGGGAUUCCAGCCGUUCAUGUCAGCGGAGUACGAAUACUUCAUCUUCCGAGAGACACCCCAUUCUCUAGAGGACAAAGGAUUUGAGAACAUGACGCCGCUCUCGCCCGGCUGGUUCGGCUAUAGCGUGUUACGGGCAUCUGCGGCUGCGGAGUACGUUCAUGCAAUUAUUGAUGGGAUGGAAGAGUAUGACGUUGAGCUAGAAGGGAUACACACAGAAACGGGACCCGGCGUAUAUGAGACUGCGAUUCGGUACGACACGGCGUGCAACGCCGCAGACAAAGCCGCACUUUUCAAAACUGGUGUGAAAGAGAUUUUAAUCAGGCACGGACUCGUUGCAACCUUUAUGGCAAGGUGGAGUCUAGACUACCCCGGUUGCAGUGGCCACCUGCACCAGAGUUUAUGGGAUUUAGAAGGGAACACAAAUCUGUUUGCCGAUGAAUCAGAUGCAGCCGGUAUGUCUCAAACGAUGAAGCACUAUAUCGCGGGACAGAUCGCUGCAAUGCCUGAAAUGAUGGCUCUCAUCUGCCCGACAAUCAACUCUUACAAGCGGACAGUCCCCGGCGCAUGGGCUCCAACCAACGCCUCUUGGGGAAUUGAGAAUAGAACAGCAUCCCUCCGCGCAAUUCCCGGCACCUCCCCUAAAUCCACGCGGACUGAAUAUCGGCUAGCCGGUGCUGACGGCAAUCCACAUAUCGCUAUGGCGGCAAGCCUCGCUGCGGGGUUAUACGGUAUUGAGCAUCAACUCGACCCCGGUGAGCCGUUCAACGGUAAUGCCUAUGAAGCCCCCCAAGGGCGAUUUGAACCUUUGCCAGGAUCGCUGGCAGAAGCAACGGAUCGGUUGAAAGGCAGCAAAAUCAGCCGCACCUGCCUUGGUGAUGCGUUUGUGAAUCACUUCGUAAUCACACGCGAGCAUGAAAUUAUGGAAUUCCGUCGCGCCAUAACGGAUUGGGAACUCAAACGGUACUUCGAGAUUAUCUGA